AUGUCCCCCCGCUUUCGUCUCUCCCCCCCUGCUUUUCCGUCGUCUCUCCCUGCUCAUUCCGCGCUCCUUCCUCACCCCGCAUCUCCUCUCCCCUCCCUCCCCAUUCCCCUCAUCUUCCCCCACUCUACCCUCAUUUCCCCUUUUCACUUCUCCCAUCAUCUCCCCCACUCUCCCCUCUUCUCGUCUCCCCCCACCUCUCGUUCCCCCCUCACUGACUCCUCAUCCCCCUCCAACUUACUCUCAUUCUAUUUCGAUCUCCUGUCACACCCCCCCCAUUCCCUGCUCCGCUUCCCCCCCCCCCCAAUCCCUGCUCCGCCCUCCCCUCAUAUCCCCACCGCACCCCUGAUCGCCCCCCUCCUCCAUUCACCCCUCAUCUGCUCCCUCCCCCCCUCCUCUCUCCCUUCCUCAGCCCACCUGUCCAUUCCCACUCACCCCCCACUUCCCCUCACCCACCCUCAGUCCCCGAUCAUCUCCACCCUUGCUCACCCGUCAUAUUCCCCCCACGCAACCCUCAUCCUCCUCCCCCUCUCCCCCCGUUCCACCAACCUACCUCUCAUCUUCCCCACGCUGACCCGUUACUGUUCCCCUGCCUUACGUCUCUCUCACGCUCCUCCGGGCCCUAGGCUCCUCUCGACUCUUAGUCUUGCCCCUUGUGAUUUCGUGUCGCCUGUCUCUCUAUGCAAGGAGGCGAGGCGACUCUUUCUUUUACAUUGCCCCUCUCUUCCCUCAACCUCCCUCUACCUUUCUUACUCAGAGAUCCCUAUCAGCCUACCCAACUGA